AUGACGUCGUUCUUCUGGCCACUUUUCUUUUUAGGAGCCAUAGUCUCGCUCGAGCAAAAACAGAGCUUCCGCAGCAUUUUGAUAGAAGUGAGAGCGCGAAAUCUAACUGUAAUCACAUCGUGUUACAUUCAGCGAGCGUGCGAAAAGCGACCGGAUCUUCAGUUCUGCGGCUCCCUUCCAGAAUCCUCGAGCUCCGUGGUUCCCUUGGUGCUCCCGCCACUCACAACUCUCGCUCCUUCCACCACUACUGCCGCCACAACAACAACAACCACUUCAAGCUCUCCGGUGAAACCAACAGGAACCACCGACUCUGUGGACUUUGAAGAGUUGGAAACGGCGGGCAACGAGACGUCUGCAGAGCACGAGAAGCUGGGAAGUCUGGUGAAACUUCCUAAGCCAGAGAAGACGAACGCAGAGGUGAGCGGCAGGAGAUUCUCGAGAGACGAGGGGAGAAAAACCAGUUUCUCUCUUGAUUUUGUUUUCUUGACGAGACAAUAAGACAUGCUAAAGUUCUGCAGAAAGUUGUCGACCACGUGAUUGAGCAGAGUGGGGUCCAAUCCGGAGAAUCCAAGAACUCAACGACGCCGGCGAUUCAGAUUGAGGAUGAGAAAGGAGUUUUGGUGUUUGUCAGCGAGUAUUGCGUCGUUGAACGAGAACGAUUCGUGAGAAGCUGUCAUGGGGACGUGGACAAAAAAGAGGUAAAUAAGAGUGUGAAGGGACUAGAGUAUUCCGUGUUCCAGGAGACGUUCUGCAAGACUUACGUGUCCGCGUGUGCCUCUACGACGGGAGUUCUGCCAGUCAUGACGUAUUGUGCCCGAUACUACACCUACUAUCCCACGUACUGCAAGUCUCAGUUGGUCGAUCCAAAAGCUCUUCAAUUCUGUUUCGCUUUUGAGCAAUUCUGCCUUCCACAAAAGACUGCAGCUCAGGUUCGAACGUGUUUUUUUUCCCCGCUGGACGUAAACAAAUGCUAAUGAGCUCAUUUAUUGGCACGCAUUCGGAUUAGACGUUCAUUCUUAAUUCAGCCCUCUCAAAAGCCAAAAUCGUCUCUGCGUAAAUGCGAAGACGUUCUCCCGGAAGCUCGAAAAGUGUGCAACCCAUUCCCGAACCCGAAGGACACAUUCAACUUGCUCCGAUGCACACACUUUUUGACCAACUGUAAAAAGUUUGUCGACUGGCUCUAA